CACAUCAGUAAAAUAAUAUAUUGAAAUUGAAUUUCUGCUUUUUGUUUAUUGUUAAUGUUCUAGGUCCCAAGGAGUAAUAUUUUUUCUUGUAACGUCGGUUCUUGUACAAUAUUCCCAAUCAUUUGCGCCGUGUGUUUAAAAGUCGGUAAAGUAAACGUUAAUAAACUUUUAUUCAUUUUACCAGUGAUACUGUUCUUUGACGUGUUUAUUUAUUGAAUAAAUGGGUGAUUUAGUGGAAAUCACUACUUGGCCGAAACAUCUUAAUGCAUUCUACAAAGUCACAAGUAAUGCCCUGGCAUUUGAAGUUAAAGCAACAGGCAAUGCUGCCCUAGGGUUGUCACGCAAACCGGCCAACAACUGCGAUUUUUGGAUCGUUUUGGGGGAAAAUCAGCGAUGUUACAUCAAGAAGAUGAGCAGUCGUCACUGUGAGUCAGCAAGCACACCUGGCGUUCUAAGUGGUGAUGAGUACCACAGUUUCUGGCUGACCUGGGCCAACGGCUCUGUGCGCCUCGGCAGAGACGGAUUCUCUGACCCCAUUGUGUCCUGUAUCACUGAUGUGAAGGACAUGAAGUAUGUCACAUUCUCUGUUGUUGAGCAGAGAAAUCCAGUGCACUGGAGGUUUCAAAUACCACCAUCAUUAGAAAAGACCAAAUUCAAACCCAUAACGGGUGGUGAGCUUCACUGGGUCUCAUAUCAGCCAGGACAUGAUCUGCCUGAAGAUAUGCUUGUGGGUGGGUUUGAGACGGAGAACAUGUUCAUUGCCCGAGCCAAGCACAGGGGUUCAUUGACCCCUGGCAAGUAUGUGCGGUCCAUAGGCAAGGCUUAUAUACCUUGGGGAGGACAGGCACAUGAGAAAGCUGAUAUUGAGCUACUAUGUGGUUUCGACGGGUCCUGGGUCCCCACUUGUGACGACAAGAUACCAGUAGGCGCGUUCAUUGCCGGCUAUUCUGAAGACAACCUUGAGAGACUGUAUAUCGGGCGCGCGGUGCAUGAAGGACACCUGAUCCCGGGCAAAGUAGCCCCAUCACACAAAGUGUGCUACAUACCGUACGGAGGCAGAGAGAUAUCCGUGAAAAAGUUCGAGAUUUUGGUGUCUCCGAAAGAGAAUGACAGAUGUGUUAACAAAAUAUUCCUGUCAGACAGAGUGUCGUAUGUGCAGCCGGAUAUUGAGGAAUAUGAUGUGCCGGACUCAGAUUACUCUAACGAAACUGACGAGGAGAAUGUUGCCUUUUGAAGAUCCUGAAAAAUGAAGUGGUCCUAUACUAGCUGUAAAAUACUUUCACGUAGUUUGAAAAGGACAUUUUGAAGGUGCUUACAUCUUAGUCCUGUUUUUAGUAAGUACUUAACUAAUUCAAUAUGAUCCUGAUCUCACUAAUUGCAUUUA